AUGUUCACCACCACAUCAUUGCAUGCAAGGGGAGCUCGCUUGAUUCACAUCAUUGCCUGUCAAUCUAGUAGUGCUGUUAGGAAAUUUGCACAUAUAGGAUCGCAUACUUGGUCACCCGAUGCUAUGGAGGGUCCCACUCUAGUAUCCGCUUUGAUUCAUGCAGCUACUAUGGUCACAACUGGCGUUUUCAUGAUAGCAAGGUGCUCCCCUUUAUUUGAAUACCCACCUACGACUUUGAUUAUUAUUACUUCUGCAGGAGCUAUGACGUCAUUCCUUGCGACAACCACUGGAAUAUUACAGAACGAUCUAAAGAGGGUCAUAGCUUAUUCAACUUACAGUUCGGUGAUUCAUGCCAUGUCGGAUGAGCAAGAUAUGCGGAAGAUGAGGGGCUUGCCUCCUCAUGUUAUAUUAGAGCUCGCUUACACUAAGUAUACCAUAAGUGGGAAUUUUGCUUUCAGGUUUGGGAAGUGUUUCUGCGAGACAUCUUACGAUGUCAUGAUGCGCCCAUUCUUUAAUACUUCUGGCUCUCGGGAGUAUAUUUGUAGGAUUCUUGGCCAAAGUGUGACCCAUCCCUUACGAGUGAAGAAAAAAGGGAGGAGGAAAGAGGCCCUGGAACGAGCGAAAUCAAUAUGUUCCAAUUUCUGGCCUUGCACCGACCAUCUAAUGGACCAUGGACUAAAUGGCCACUGCUUGAAAGGACUAUGUCCCAUGGACCGCCGCCCCCCCCCAAACAAGGUACGUCUCGCGCCUAUGGGCCACUCUAACUAUCCAAGAAGACACUCGAAAUUGGAAGGAUAA